AUGGGAAAACUCUACACGGCUGUUGGGAUCCUCGUGCUCUGCGCUGCUGGCUGCUGGGGGGGUAACAUCUGCACCACCCGUGGGGUGAACUCCUGCAAGCAGUGCCUGGCUGUGAGCCCCCUCUGCGCCUGGUGCUCUGGAGAGGGCUUGGCGCCGUCCUCCCCUCGCUGUGACCUGCGUGCCAAUCUCCUGCGUAACGGCUGCGGGAAGGACUACAUCGAGUUCCCCAUCAGCAGUGUAACCAUCCUGGAGAACAAACCCCUCAGUGACAAGGGCUCAGGGAGCUCCACCACUACCCAGAUGAGCCCCCAGAAAAUACAGCUGAACCUGCGGCCGGAUGACUCCCAGAUCUUUCGCGUCAAAGUGCGUCAAGUGGAAGACUACCCUGUGGACAUCUACUACCUGAUGGACCUGUCCAACUCCAUGAAGGACGAUCUGAGGAACAUCCAGAACUUGGGCACAAAUCUGGCCAACAAGAUGCGCAAGCUCACUAGUAACCUACGCAUCGGUUUCGGGGCCUUUGUGGACAAGCCCAUUUCUCCCUACAUGUAUAUCUCUCCUCCGCAAGCCAUCACAAACCCUUGCUAUGAGAUCGGGGAAACCUGCCUGCCCAUGUUUGGCUACAAACACGUCCUGUCGCUCACGAAUGAGGUGACUCGCUUCAACGAGGAGGUGCAGAAGCAGAAAGUCUCACGGAACCGCGACGCACCCGAGGGAGGCUUUGAUGCCAUCAUCCAGGCCACCGUGUGCGAUGAGAAAAUUGGCUGGAGGAACGAUGCUUCCCACCUACUCGUCUUCACCACGGAUGCCAAGACCCACAUCGCGCUGGAUGGCAGGCUGGCUGGCAUCGUGCAGCCCAACGAUGCACAGUGCCACAUUGACAAGGACAACUUCUACUCUGCCUCUACCACACUGGACUAUCCCUCUCUGGGCCUGAUGACUGAGAAACUCUCACAGAAGAACAUCAACUUAAUCUUUGCAGUUACGAAUACAGUUGUUGGCCUCUACCAGAACUACAGCGAGCUGAUCCCAGGCACAACCGUGGGCAUCUUGUCCAGAGACUCCAGCAAUGUCUUGCAGCUUAUAGUGGACGCCUACGGGAAAAUCCGAUCCAAGGUGGAGCUGGAGGUGCGUGACCUCCCCGAAGAGCUCUCCCUGGCCUUCAACGCCACCUGCCUCAACGACGAGGUCAUCCCUGGGCUCAAGUCUUGCAUGGGGCUCAAGAUCGGGGACACGGUGAGCUUCAGCAUCGAGGCCAAGGUGCGGGGAUGCCCACGGGAGCAGCAGAAAACCUUCACCAUCAAACCUGUGGGCUUCAAGGACAGCCUGACGGUGGAGGUGAACUUCGACUGUGACUGCUCCUGCGAGAGCCAAGCCGAGGCCAACAGCUCGUCCUGCAGCCGAGGCAACGGCACGCUGGAGUGCGGCGUGUGCCGCUGCAACCCCGGGCGCCUGGGCUCGCACUGCGAGUGCUCGGAGGAGGAGUACAACCCCUCGCAGCAGGACAACUGCAGCCCCCGGCCAGGCCAGCCCCUCUGCAGCCAGCGCGGCGAGUGCAUCUGCGGGCAGUGCGUGUGCCACAGCAGCGACUUCGGGAAGGUGACGGGCAAGUACUGCGAGUGCGACGACUUCUCCUGCGUCCGCUUCAAGGGCCAGAUGUGCUCGGGCCACGGGAAGUGCAGCUGCGGGGACUGUCUGUGCGACUCAGACUGGACUGGUGACUACUGCAACUGCACCACCCGCACGGACACGUGCAUGUCAAGCAACGGGCUGGUGUGCAGCGGCCACGGCUCCUGCGUCUGCGGCAAGUGCGACUGCACCCAGCCUGGCUCCUACGGCAACACCUGCGAGAAGUGUCCCACGUGCCCGGAUGCCUGCACCAUAAAAAAGGAUUGCGUGGAGUGCAAGAAGUUCGAGCGAGGAGCGCUGGUGGAGCAGCAGUCCUGCAGCCGCAUGUGCCGCGACGAGAUUGAGACUGUGCAGGAACUGGUUGACAGGGGCAAGGACGCCGUGAACUGCACCUACAAGGACGAGGACGACUGCGUGGUGCGGUUCCAGUACUACGAGGACUCCAGUGGCAAGUCCAUCCUCUACGUGAUCGAGGAGCCAGACUGCCCGAAGGGACCGGACGUCCUGGUGGUCCUGCUCUCGGUGACAGGCGCCAUCCUGCUCAUCGGCCUCGCUGCCCUGCUCAUCUGGAAGCUCCUCAUCACCAUCCACGACCGCCGGGAGUUUGCCCGCUUCGAGGAGGAGAAGGCCAGGGCCAAGUGGGACACGGGCCACAACCCUUUAUAUAAAGAGGCUACAUCUACCUUUACCAACAUCACAUACCGUGGGAACAUGUAAGGAUGCUGCUGCAUCCAGUGCUGGCCGUGGGAUCAGCUGAGGAUCUGUGGGAUCUGCUGGAGUCUGGUUUACAGAAGAGCUUGUGUGUGUGUGUGAGUGUGUCUGCGUGUAACUUAACAAUCCCUCGACUGCCUCCGAAGCCCUGCUCUCCGUGACCCCACUGUAACUGCAGGGACGUGCUUUCCAUGGCAAACCUCUCAUCCUUACCUCCGUGGGUCGCCUCGUGGGAGCCGGCGGCCCCUCCAUACACUGAACGCAGAGGAAUGGGACUUCCUCUGCUUGGCAAGGCUGUGAACUGUUAGGUGCUCAUUGGACCAAGUGGAUUUUGGGAGUGGCUGCUCGAACCGAAGGCUGAGCUGUGCUCUCCUCCAGGGCCCGUGCUGGUGAA